AUGGCCAAGGGGUUUGGAUCAACAAGUGCAGGCAUUUUGGAAAAAUCUGCCACCUUUGAACUUCCACAUGUAUGGAAACCAACGUUUGGAAGGAUGCCAGAACCUUAUAAGAAGCACAGCACCAACAACGAUUCAAAGACGAGUGUUAAGAACAUUGACCACGAGUUCUACUUCACCCGCAAAUCAUGGCCAUCUCCGACAGCCAAGGAAGAAGCAAACCCAAUGACCAGAUCAAGAAGCGCAAUGGGGCAUGCAUACGUUCAAUUCAGAAAGAGUUUUGAGACAGUUGGGCUGAGGGGAAGAUCAGUUGGAACAAGGAUUGCGAGGACAAAGAAAUCGAGCGAACUCAAUGAGGCGAGCAAACGUAGAGUGGGAGGCUCGGUGGACGCGAUGAGCCAAAUAUCCUCUAGUUUCUUCUCUCGGUCUUUCGGCGUGUGGGAGUAUCAGGAUGAGGUGUACGAGCCAGUAAUCCUCCCCGUCGAAGAUCCGAUGCAAGCAGACGCGAGGUGGUCUAACGUGUCCAGACCAGCUACAAGUCAGAGCAACGCUUCUUCGAGAGCGUCGAGCUUCAAUCGAAGGCGAGGUAGGUGCAGAAGUUUUGAAAUGCAAGAAUGA